CCGUGCCGGGCCCCGCGGCGGGCAUGGUGCGCGGCCGGCGGCGCGGCCCGCGGGCAGCCUAGGAGCCGAGCCGGGCGAUGCGGGGCCGGGCCGGGCGCCGCCGCCUCCGCGAUGCUCCGCCGCAGCCUCAGUCGCCUGUGUGCUGGGGAAGAGAAGCGAGUUGGGACACGCACCGUGGUGGUCGGGCACCGUCCUGUGUUGGAAACAGAUGCGUACGUGGCACAGAAGUUCUGCGACAACAGGAUUGUCUCCUCCAAGUACACCCUCUGGAACUUCCUCCCGAAGAACCUUUUUGAGCAGUUCAGAAGAAUUGCCAACUUCUACUUCCUCAUCAUUUUCCUGGUGCAGGUGAUAGUGGACACCCCAACCAGCCCAGUGACCAGUGGCCUCCCACUCUUCUUUGUCAUCACUGUCACAGCUAUCAAACAGGGAUACGAGGACUGGCUGAGGCACAGAGCUGACAACGAAGUGAACAAAAGCAAUGUCUUCAUUGUGGAAAAUGCAAAGCAAGUGCAGAAAGAGAGUGAAAAAAUCAAGGUUGGAGAUAUAGUAGAGGUGAAAGCAGAUGAGACCUUCCCCUGUGACUUGAUAUUUUUGGCCUCGAGCAGCGUAGAUGGGACCUGCUAUGUCACUACAGCAAGUCUCGAUGGCGAGUCCAACUUCAAGACUCACUACGCGGUGCGGGAUACCACCGUGCUCUGUACGGAUGAAGCCAUCGAUGCCCUCACUGCCACCAUCGAAUGUGAACAGCCACAGCCUGACCUCUACAAAUUUGUUGGAAGAAUUAUCAUCUACAAAAGCAACCAAGAGCCUGUAGCCAGGUCUUUGGGCCCUGAAAACCUGUUACUGAAAGGUGCUACCCUCAAAAAUACCAAGAAGAUUUAUGGAGUUGCAGUCUAUACUGGAAUGGAAACAAAAAUGGCUUUGAACUAUCAAGGGAAAUCUCAGAAGCGGUCUGCUGUAGAGAAGUCUAUCAAUGCUUUCUUGAUAGUGUACUUGUGCAUCCUGCUGAGCAAGGCUACCGUCUGCACCACUCUGAAAUACGUCUGGCAGAGUAAUCCGUUUAACGAUGAGCCUUGGUACAAUGAAAAGACUAAAAAAGAGAGAGACACCUUCAAAGUCCUGCGGAUGUUCACGGACUUCUUGUCAUUUAUGGUCCUCUUCAAUUUCAUUAUCCCAGUCUCUAUGUACGUCACAGUAGAGAUGCAGAAGUUCUUGGGCUCCUUCUUCAUCUCUUGGGACAAGGAGAUGUACGAUGAAGAAAUAAAAGAGGGAGCGUUGGUGAACACCUCGGACCUGAACGAAGAGCUUGGGCAGGUCGAGUACGUCUUCACAGACAAAACUGGGACGCUGACAGAGAACAGCAUGGAGUUCAUUGAGUGCUGCAUAGAUGGGCACAAGUACAAAGACUGCAUCUCAGAGGUGGAUGGCUUCUCUCAGACUGAUGGACCCCUAAAAUACUAUGGCAAAGCAGAAAAGAGCCGUGAGGAGCUGUUCCUGCGAGCGCUCUGCCUGUGCCACACUGUGCAGAUCAAGGAGGCAGACCAGGUGGAUGGGCUGAUAGGACAUCCAGAACGCAAAUGCAGCUACAUCUCCUCUUCCCCAGAUGAAAUUGCUUUGGUGAAAGGUGCAGAAAAGUAUGGUUUCACUUUUCUAGGACUUGAAAAUGAUUUCAUGAAAAUAAGAAACCAAAAGAAUGAAACUGAAAUGUACCAGCUUCUCCAUGUGUUGAACUUCGAUCCUGUCCGUCGCCGUAUGAGUGUCAUUGUGAGAACCACCACAGGGAAGUUGCUUCUCUUCUGUAAAGGAGCAGACUCCUCUAUUUUUCCAAGGGUGCAGCAAGAAGAAAUCCAACAAACAAAAGUCCAUGUGGACCGAAACGCUUUGGACGGCUACCGGACGCUCUGCGUGGCCUUCAAAGAGCUGACUCAAAAGGAGUAUGACAAAAUUGACAGGCAGCUUAAUGAAGCUAAGAUGGCUCUGCAGGACAGGGAGGAGAAGAUGGCAAAGGUUUUUGAAGACACAGAAGCAGACAUGCACUUGAUUGGGGCUACUGCUGUGGAAGACAGGCUGCAGGAGCAGUCAGCAGAGACAAUCGAGGCUCUACACGCAGCUGGCAUGAAGGUUUGGGUGCUGACAGGAGACAAGAUGGAGACUGCCAAAUCCACCUGCUACGCCUGCAGGCUCUUCCAGACCAGCACUGAGCUGCUGGAGCUGACGGCAAAAGUGGUGGGCGAGAGCGAAAGGAAGGAGGAUCGGCUCCAUGAGCUGCUGAUGGAGUACCAUAAAAAGCUGAUUCAGGAUGUUCCCAAAAGCAGAGGAUGCCUGAAAAGAAGCUGGACUCUGAAUCAAGAAUAUGGCCUGAUUAUAGAUGGCUCAACGCUGUCGCUGAUCCUCAACCCUUCUCAGGACUCCAGCUCCAGCAAUUACAAAAACAUAUUCCUACAGAUCUGCUUGAAGUGUACUGCAGUCCUCUGCUGCAGGAUGGCUCCUCUGCAGAAAGCACAGAUUGUGCGAAUGGUGAAGAACACAAAAGGCAGCCCCAUAACCCUUUCAAUAGGAGAUGGUGCAAAUGAUGUUAGCAUGAUUUUGGAAGCACAUGUUGGAAUAGGUAUAAAAGGCAAAGAAGGGCGGCAGGCUUCCAGAAACAGCGACUAUGCUGUGCCAAAGUUUAAACACUUAAGGAAACUCCUCCUAGCACAUGGGCAUUUGUAUUAUGUGAGAAUAGCACACCUUGUACAGUAUUUCUUCUAUAAGAACCUUUGCUUCAUUUUACCACAGUUUUUAUACCAGUUCUUCUGUGGAUUCUCACAGCAGCCUCUGUAUGAUGCUGCUUAUCUUACCAUGUACAACAUCUGCUUCACAUCUCUACCUAUCCUGGCAUACAGUCUCCUGGAGCAGCACAUCAACAUUGACACGCUGACCUCAGAUCCCCAGCUCUAUAUGAAGGUUUCGGAUAACGCCAUGCUGCAGUGGAGGCCGUUCCUGUACUGGACCUUCCUGGGCGCCUUUGAAGGACUCGUGUUUUUCUUUGGGGCUUAUUUUCUUUUUCAAAAUUCAUCAUUGGAAGAUAAUGGAAAGGUUUUUGGGAACUGGACCUUUGGGACGAUUGUUUUCACUGUGCUGGUGUUCACCGUCACUCUAAAGCUAGCGUUAGACACACGAUUCUGGACGUGGAUGAACCACUUUGUGAUCUGGGGCUCCCUUGCCUUCUAUGUGUUUUUCUCAUUCUUCUGGGGAGGAGUCAUUUGGCCUUUCUUGAAGCAGCAAAGAAUGUAUUUUGUAUUUGCCCAUAUGCUGACUUCUGUUUCCACCUGGCUGGCAAUAAUCCUCCUGAUCUUUAUCAGCCUUUUCCCAGAGAUUCUUCUAAUAGUUUUAAAAAAUAUAAAAGAGAAAAAUCAUCAGGUAACGAAGCGCCUUCCUUCCUCAGGAACAUCCACUAUCUUCAUGCUUUCUCAAACUUCCAGCAAUCACAGCUUUUCUUGGAGUGAAUAAGACUGGCCCCUUUGAUCUGCCCAUGUUAGUCUCAUACAAACGCAUAGAGAAUGAUUAUGUGAAGACUGAAGAUGCUGUUACUAACUUGGCAGAAAAAUAUCCUCUCAG